CAAGGAAGGAGCUUUGGCUUCAGUUCAGAGUCCAUAAAAGACCUGACUCCAACCACCUGGGCGUCAUUUCCUGCUGUGACUGACCUACUCACGCGCUUUUCGUUCCAAUAGCGAUUGCUCUUUCUCCCUACUAAAACCCCCCACUGAUUCCUCUGCUCCUGGCUACCCUUCCCUUCCCUUCCCUCAUUCGAAUUCCAGGCCGCCCGUUCGCCGACCGAUCUCCGCCCGUAUCUGAAAGGGACAUGUCCCUGACCAACUAAAUGGCCAACAUGUCCCCUCUCCGAGGUUAUGUCACAUCGUAUCCGCCACGAGUGCGCCAAUAUGGCAAUGCGCUUCUCACCCCAGUUAUUCCACCGAGCCAGGUCGGCCCCACUCCGCGGACGACGAAACGAGGCACCGCUGCCAUCAAUUAUGCGGAGGACGGCUUCGAUGAUGAUGAAUUUGACGACAGCGAAGGGCUCCGGCGGCCCACUGGUCUAAGAAGCCUGCGGCGAGAGGAAUCAACUUUCGACAAGAUUCCAUCGGCGGAAAAGCUGGGGAAAGAAAUCCACGCUCCUGUCGAGGUUCAAGGGGUAUUUCGUGACUGGAUGAUCAAGAGGAUGCUGCGUCCUGCUUGUGCCGAUCAACUGCAAAUUCAGGCGCAGCUUCCUCUUACCCUUAUUCCUAUUCGAAUUGACUUGGAGGUUGCAGCGCAUCAACCUUUAGAACCUUUCCCUUUACCGCGGACGGUCCUUGAUCCUACAAUCAACCCUACUUUACCCGCAUACCGACGACCGGAACCAUUACCUGCGUAUCGAAUCAAAGACACAUUUCUUUGGAACCUCCACGAAGCUCUCGCAACACCUGAAGAGUUCGCCAUUGGUUUUGUUCGCGAUAUGGACCUGCCAAAUCCACAGGCUAUGACAAUGGCCAUUAGCAACCAGAUCCGCCAACAGCUGGAAGAAUAUGCUGGUGUUGCACUACAUCCGUUAUUUCAGAGCUUGCAACCGAAACCUUCUGCUCCACGACCCGGUGUGUCGCGGGACGUGUCUGCUACCCCGGCUUCUACUCACGCCGCAACGCCCGACAGCAGAGCCAAUCAGGUAAUGGUAACUAAAGAGCCGCUAGUCAAUGACAGUAUCUUAAACCCGGACGACGCGUAUCGGUGCAUGAUCAACUUGAACAUCAACUUGCAGAACAAGCUAUACACGGACAAAUUCGAAUGGUCUCUGCUGCAUCCCCCGGGCAUGGCUGAAGAGUUCGCCAGGAUUACUUGCGCGGACCUUGGCCUCGGCGGAGAAUGGGUUGGCUCCAUUGCACAUGGUAUCUUCGAGGCUGUUUUGAAGCUGAAGAAGGAAGUGUGUGAAAGUGGCGGACUCAUUAGUGGCAUAGGCGGUUAUGGUAAUGAGAUUGAUAAUCAGGCCGCCAAUGGUGCUGAGGCGGGCUGGCGUUACGACCCCGAAGGGUUGGGCGACGAAUGGGAACCAAAGGUGGAAACGCUGUCCAAGGAGGAAAUUGAGAAGCGAGAAGGAGAUCGUGAACGUCAGAUCAGACGCCUGCGUCGAGAGACAGCUAGAUUUUCGUCGACUACCGGCAUAACGCCGGAUACCUCCCGACACGGCAGUGGAUAUUUUGAUGUUGACAGCGAGACACCUCUGGGUAGAGGUGAGAGGAGCAAACGAAAGAGGCGAUUCCGGAGUCUGAGCCCGGCGGGAAGAGGAGGUACUCCAGGUGGACGAGGUACUCCUGACACUGGUUCAGGAGCUGGAUAUGGUGGAGGGGGUGGAACGCUCUCUGACUGGGAGCGACAAAAUUGGAGGUGCAGCAACUGCAUGGUAUGGGGUACCGCAGUUUGGGCCGUGCGAGAUGGCCCGACAGGCCCAAGGACCCUCUGUCACAAUUGUGGCCUGUUGUACGAACGAGACAAGGUGGCGCCCGAAUGGUCAAGAGAUCUGCACCGUCACGAUAUGCCAAUCGGUCGGUAGAGGAUUCCAGCAGAUGGAUCAAGCCAAUCUUCCCCUCUCUAUGCUUCGUACUCAAACGACAGAGAUAAUAAUACUCUGAGCUGAUGCAAUAUCCCAAGGUCAACAGACAGCACGUCUGUUUGUUUUUCAGGGCCAGCUUUAUAUGGUACUCCUACGAUCUUGACGUGGUGAAAUCUCGUCAAGACACCUUGUUUCUGUGUCGGAACACAGUUUAUGUACUAUCUGAUUGAUGAUAUCUCUCUAAUGAACCUUUAUAGUGGGGACAAGCAUUUUUAUUCCCAAUAUUUUUCUCGUUUUUUUCCAUUUUAUGAGGCAGGAAGUUUUUCCUCGCUCUAGGUAUGACAUUCCCCAAUCUUACUUCACUUUUCCUCUCUCUCUCUCUCUCUCUCUCUCUCUCUCUCUCUCU